AUGGCGGGGAUCCCCCUGUACUUUGUGGACUUGCAGGAUGACUUAGACGAUUCCUUCAUCUCAGCAUUGUCAAGUCUGCGGUACUCUGAGGCUUCAGCCGGGAAGGCCUGCGAAAGUAGCAGGCGUGCGACCGGCCCCGUCUUGCCCAGGGUGACAGCCUUCUUGGACGUUCUGGGCCAGGACAACCUGCCUGCACCUCGCCUGGAAAAGUACACUUUCAGCGGCAACAUCUUCAACUGUCAGAUUAUCGCCAGAGGGCUGCCUGAUAUCUUCCGGGACUUCAGUAACAAUGAAGAAGACUUCGUAACGGUAAUGGAGGUCGUGGUCAGAUUGUCAGAAGAUGCAGAGCCCACAGUGCGGGCUGAGCUGCUGCAACAAGUUCCUCCUAUUGCCAUUUUUCUGCAAGAAAACAGAUCCGAUUUUCCAGUGGUGCUCCCUGAACAUCUCAUACCCAUCGUGGUGCGGUGCCUCACAGAUCCAAACAACCAGAUAAUCUGCAAGCUGGCGUCAGAGCUGAGCAACACCACAGUCGAACGCCUGCUGCUCCCUCGAUUCUGUGAGCCGUGUGGUUUUCAAGUUCGGAAGGUAUGUGCCACAAAUUUUGGUGAUAUUUGUCAUGCUGUCGGACAAGAAGCCACUGAGAAAUUUUUGCUGCCGAAGUUUUUUGAGCUCUGCUCAGACAACGCACGGGGGGUGAGGAAAGCCUGUGCGGAGUGCUUCACGGCCGUGUCCCACGACACGUCCCGCGAGGGCCGCCGGGCCGCGCUCUCGCCGCUCUGUAUCACGCCGAUCAGCGACCCCUGUCGACGGGCGCGCCAGGCUGCCUUCCAGUCCCUGGGCCCCUUCAUCUUCACCUUUGCCAACCCCUCCAGGGCUGGCCUUUAUAGUCGAGAAGAUGGCACCCUCACCCCGAGCAUCGGACCACCGGCUCCGUAUUUGGACUCGGAUUUCACCUCUGGGUCACCUCGGAUUUCACCUCCGGGUGCAGGCAGCCAUGGUAACAUGUCCUCAGCCUGUUCAACAAAGCCGGGCCAGGCAGAGCCAGCUCUACCCAUGGAAGGCACAUCCCCGGACACCAGCAAUUUCCUGUGCAUCAGUAGCUCCUCCAAUGGCCUGAUGGAGAACCCAGCGGAAGGCUCUGUCUUGGCUGGAGCCGAGUUGACCAGGCUUCCCCAGGCCACGAAGCUCCCCGCUAUUAACGACCUCCCCGUCAACAGCCAUCCUGGACCAGACUCCUGGGCCCGGCCGGGGAGUCCUGAGGACGUUUGCAAUAAUUUCCUUUAUUGGCGAACUCCUCUCCCUGACAUAAGCAAGGACUUAGAGCUGCUCCUGAGCGAGGCUGGCCCGCAGGAGGAAGGUGGCGGCACACCCAGGCCGUGCGUAGGAGCUGUGUGGCUAGGAGCGAGAUUCAGAGAGUCCUGGAUGGUUUGCAGGAGCACGUGAUGAACGAUCCAGAUGCGCAAGCUCAAGUCCAGGUAUUGUCAGCUGCACUGAGAGCCGCACAGCUAGACUCUGAGUGAGCCCCAGCGCCCGCCGGCAGAAGGGCUCAAGGUGUCCAUUUCGGAUCCCAGCCCAGCCUCUGGGGGUCGGCAGUCAGCCGGCCCCGUCGGCUUCACCACCGCAGAGUGAGCUCGCCGCGGCCGGGACGUUACAAAGCACAGGUCCAGGCGAACCUGGCAGUGGAACCAGUGACCAUUUGGAGACUGACCAGAGGCAUAGCUGCAGCCCACUUGAAGAGGAUAAAUCUAAAUUACAGCCCGUAUGUCUCUGCGCACCCCCAGUGGAAGGUCCGUCGGACCCUAGCCUUCUCCAUCCACGAGCUGGCUGUGACCCUUGGGGAUCAGUUAACGGCUGCCGACCUGCGGCCCAUCUUCAGUGGACUUUUAAAGGACCUGGAUGAAGUACGACUAGGACUUCUGAAACACCUGUAUGACUUUCUAAAGUGUUGAAUGUCUUGUGUCUUGACCACUGAAGGGAAGCUUCCUGUUUUCUUGAGCACUCGGCCUCCUCUGGUGAAUUAAUGGAAAAGCACAAGAUAGUUUCUCACAGGUACAGCUGCCUUGAAAGGCAUCUCAACAAUAGAACCAUCUCAGCUUUUCCCCAAGUGGACAUUUCCUCCUUGCUAAGUGUUUUCAUUAGCACCUUUCUCACUUCAAGAAUUCGAGAACGUUUUCAACAUGGACGGAUUUUAAUGUAGCUUUGCAAAUUCUCAGGAAGGUCUGUCUCCCACUUCCGGAGUGGCCAAGUAUCAGGUUUUUUCCACUGUCAGGUUGGGCCCAGAUCGGCUUGAAAGGGGUCGUAUGUCUGCAAUGUUGGUUUUUUCCUUCAUGCUAAGAAAUAACGAUUUUUAAGCAUGGCCAAAGUCUGCACUUUACCACCCUCUGCAGACGACGCAUGCAAAGAUGAUUUAGAGCAUUAUUCACGCAUAAUUCCUACAGGUAGUUGGCCCCGAAUUGUGCUAUGAUUGUAUUUUAAACAGACAUGGAGAGGAGGUCACAGUUGCCUAACAACGGCCACGAGCCGCCUCGUCUUCCAGGUCCAAGGAACUG